AUGUCUGCAAAUCAUAUAACUGUGGAAGAACUAAUACGAGCGACUUUCGACGAAAAGCUCGCCCCUUUGGAAGUUGAGAUUGCCGAGCUUCGAUCUUUUAUUGAAAAUGCAAGCCAAAAAUACGAUCAAGUUCUGAAGAAACUCACUGAACAAGAAAAGGAAUGUGAAGAAAUAAAAAAGGAACUCAACUGAUGAUAAGAUUAAAGCUGUUUCUGAUUCUCAGUUUAAAUCAAAAUCAAAACAACCUUAAAUUUCGCUGUACUAAUUUUGGCAGUUAUAUUGUACUUCAUUCCUUCCAUCUUACUUUUUGGCUCUUCUUACAGUAAUACGUGCCAGUGUACAUGUGUAUAUCUGUGUGUUUGUGUGUAUCCAGUCUGAUAUGCUGCCAUAUUGUACCCCGCGCCAUAAACGUAUCUAAAUUAUCUUACUGAGUCUGGCUUCUUGGCAUUUCUAACUUAUAAGUUAUUUAGGAAGUCAGUACCCCUUUUAGUUAACUGAUUAAUUUAACAACUUGUUAAAUAACUAUAAUAUUCUGCUUUGGGUACAAUAAAUAAAAUUUGUUGUUGUUGUUUGUUGUUGUUGUUGUUAAGCCAAAGCUGCAAUGAACAAACCUCUAUUAAGCAGUCACCCCGAUUUUAACUCUUAGGUUUGUCAAACCUCUAUUACUAAACAGUAAACCUAUAGUGAGUGGCCAGUUUGCCUUUCCCUAAGGGUGACCGCUUAAUACUGCAGGUUUGACUGUAUGUCUCUGGACCAACUGCAAUAAUUGAAGUAAUCCCUGCACAAUGGCGUCAGUUGAUAAACCAAGUUACUUUUCAGUUUGAUAAACAAUAUUUUGCAUUUGCAACUUGAUAGAGCUUUCUUAUUGCUGUUAUUGUUUGUUUAUGACCUUCAUUGCUUGUUAUUGAUCACGACUGUUUGUCCGCAUACUGUUUGUCUUCAUAGACGAUGGUGUCCAUCUGCUACAAAAUUCCCCUUUUCCUUACAGCAGUUAACCAAUGGUUUAGUCAUGAGCCAACAGCCAGGCCGUGGCUAAUCAUGUUUAAAUUCCAUAUCACACAGGUACAGGCAAUGGAGUGGUGACUCAUUUUAAGUCCGUGGUAGACGCUCGGGAGACUGGACUCGGUUGUGGUGUCAGAAUCGUGCCAGGUGACGGCACGUAUGUUGUGGCACAAUAUUCACUGGGGCCUGGGAAGCAAUUCAGGUUAAAUGACAACAGUCCUAUGGCAGUAGUGAGGCCAAGAAAGGAGCCUGGUGAGUUCUGAUGAAAAUUUGGUUCUGAUCGGAGAAAAGUUUAAUUAAAUCUAAAACUUUUGGAAGUUUCUACCAGUUUUAUAGUAUUUUUAAACUGCAUAUCUUUUGAUUUUUUCUUUCAUGCUGCAUAGCUAAGAACAGUAUUUUAAUUUAAGUUUAAUAUUGCAACGCUGAGUUGCGCUAAAAAAAUCGUCCUUGCGAAUCGUCUCCCGUAACAUCGUGUAACAUGUUACACGAAACGAUUCGCAACGACGAUUUUUAGCACAACACAGCGUUGCAUCAUCGUUGCGACAUUGUUUCGAAUGGCUGCAACAUUGUUCCAAUAUUGCAACGUCGUGUUGCGCCAAAAAUCGUCGUUGUGAAUCCUUCCGUGCAACAUCACCUUAACCGGCGAAGGCAACGAGAACAGUGAAAAAACAACAAUAGGUCUAAUUAUCAGAAAAGCAACUUUGCAAGUGCAGAAAACUUUUUUGUACAUUUCUUUGCGACUACAACGUAAAGGUGGUACUGUUAAACUAGACGAUUCUCCAUGGCGAUUUUCAGCGCAACACAGCGUUGCAACAUUGUUGCGACAUUGUUUCGAAUGGUUACAACAUUGUUCCAAAAUUGCAUCUCUGUGUUGCGCGAAAAAUCGUCGUUGAGAAUCGUCCCGUGUAAGAUCGCCUUAAAACUCCCAGAAACUUCCAAGUUACACGUUUUAUGGAGGAAAUGUCGUAGUCGUGUUCCUGUUACCUUUUUUUCACUGCCGCUCAUUUUCACCUUGGUGGCCGCUAGCAUUUCUCAUUUUCUCACCGCCGCUACAAAAUUUUUAUGUCGUUCUUCCACCAAAAAAAAUGCCUACUUUGCUUUUUUCGCUUUUUCUAGCUCUCUAUCGCUCUUUUUCUCGUUGAGCUUCGCUGGCUUGUCGCCUAUUUUCCCUUUUUCUCCGUGUUUCUCUUUCUCUAUAUUAUACACUUAAUGUCAGAUCCCAAGGGAAACAGUUAGUUUUGUUUUCGCGAGAGUCCUGAUGUUUCCCGAGACGAAGUCGAGAGAAACAUCAGGACUCGAGGGAAAACAAAACUAACUGGUUUCCCGAGGGAUCUGACAUUAAGUGUUUUGUUAUAUUUCUAGAACUUUCACUUCAACAGCAACAAAAGAAUAACCGGAGCGAACGAAAACGAACCAAAACAGUCGACUUGGUACUUAUAACAACGCAAAUUUAAUUCUCAAAACCACUGAAUGAAUGAUUUACAAACAAAAGUACUUUCCUUAUACCAUCUGCAUCUUUUUCCGCCACUAGCUGCUGUUUUUCUUCUGGGAACUUCUGGGAUAACUUUAAAAAUCGUUGCUUUUUAGCUUGAGGCUUCGUGACUGUGUUGUUGUGUUCAUUCACGAAAAAGAAAACUGGCAACCUGGCAGUGUUUUUCCAGCCUUCUGUCACGCCACUUUCCACCAUGCUUUGAUCACGUGCUGCAAUGUAUCCCGAGCAGGAUACAUUGUUUAAUGUAUCACGAUCGGGAUACAUUUGAUUUUAGUCAAGGUCACGUGACCAAGAAUCAACCAAUGGCAGUCCCUGUUUAGUUGAGUGAAAUUCUAGGAAUAUAACAAUUCAUAUUAAUUGUGGACAUGACAAUUAAUGUAAGCUUAAUACUUUAGACAACACGGAUACAGAAACAAUUUCUGCUUUCUGUUUUCGUCUUCAUUGACUCUUCAGUUGUCUCUGCUUCACAAGACGCGGCAGGCUAUGCGAUUUCCCGCCAAAAUAACCUCGAGUUGCAUUUGGGUUGCUAUACCUGUUGACUGAGUUAUUUUACAUUGGUAUACCUGUGGUGCAGACGGACGGCGGGAGGGCGGACGGGCGUACGGUGACGUGAUUAAAAACUUUUUUCGGAUGAGUAGAUUACCACAUUUUCUUAGGUAUGACGCUUUGCUCGCGCGCGCUUGGCGCGCGCGGGGUACUCCGCUAUUAAUUGUGAUUCUUAUUUAAAAAUACGUUUUUCAGAAAAAAUAGAAAGGGAAAUGGAAAGAUCGGUGGUAUAAAGCAAGUCACUGGUUGAAAUAGGGCGAGUACAAUUCACAGGUCACCCAAGAAACAUAAUCAUUAUUAUGGUAGAGCAAACGGACAAAGAGUGUAAAGCAAAUUGAAUUUCCACAUUUUUCAGAACCUUAUUGCCGCCUCAAGUCAUUUGAAAAAGAGCAAUGUGGAGGUCUUCAAGGCCCAUUUGUGACACCUGACAAGUGCCUCAAAGCCGGUUGUUGUUACGAAGACAUAUCUAUGGACGAGCCUGAAAUGCAAUGGUACAGCCCGAAAGCCUCGAUAUGGUGCUUUAAGAAAAAGAGCGACAUAGCUAAUGGCAAGUUACAAACGUUAAUUUACAAUUAGUUGAUAUUUAAUCGAACGCUAAGCGAGCUAAUUAGUUUGUGUGCACAAGUUCACGUUGCAAUUGCUGUCAACCAAUAUCACCUCCAGAGCCUGCGUUACCCUUAUCCAGCGGAACAGGAAACGAUUGUUUUAAAAGAAUUCAAAACCGGAAGUAAUCCUGAAUCCGUUUAACUGCACCUGCGUGAAGUCGUUUACCAAUUUGACCAAGAGACUUACCCGUGGUUAGCCUUGAUAGCACAUUGGUACAUACAUACUCCUUCCAUUGCCGAUGAACUUUACGUUACGGUACGCUUUGUUUGAUGGAUGCUUUUGAUGAAGAAAGUAACUUGAAAUUACUGUACAAGGAGACCGAAUUUUUUUUUUUUUUUAAAAAUGCCGGGACCAUUCGUUUGUGCUUAGAAUGGGCACAAAAAAAUCUGUGUUCUUCAUCAUCAUCUUCAUCGAGUUAAAUCUGGCCAUUGGGGUUUCUCUCUUUUAGUGCCACCACCUUUUGAAUUGGCCGCUCAAUUUCUGGACAGUGCCUACACUGGGGAUACAUCAUGGAUGAAUGUAGGAAACUGUGGGCAAGGACUUAGUGAGUAUAACUCAAAUGGGCAAACAACCGCAUGGUAUAGCAUAGUAUAUUAAAAUACACCAAUAGCUUCGUGUAGUCCAUUUUUCUGAAUCGCUUGGUUUGAAUAAUUACGUUCCUUUCUCUCUAGUUUCACAGAAUACGAUAAACAAUGGAUUACCAUACUUGAUCGGGUAACUGAUUAACGAUGUACAAAGACACUUGACAUUUUGUCUCUGUGAUACAAGUUUAGUCUGAAUUCCCUUCCCCCUUAUUCGCCCAAGCCGGUAAAAACUUCGCGCACUUAUCUAAGGGAUGUGUCCGAUAACAGCCUUGUGAAAAACUUUAAAAACUUGCUAAUUGGCUGUCUGAAACAGCAGAGAUGCUGACUCGUCCCCAGUCGUCUCUCGUCAUUAUUAUUUGGCGUGGAAGACUAGAGCGGGCUCUUUAACGAAGGGGAUGACGGGAAGGAAGAAAGGAGCCCAUACCAUCUUCCCCGCGCGCAUAACCCAAGCGCUUCUCUAGUAAAUAAUUAAUGAGUAGAGACAACUUGAGACGACUGGGGACGAGUCAGGCAUAGAUGGAGCACUGCUGACUAACAGCGCCUAUUAGUUAUUAGUGUGACUCGGUCGAAUGGAAUGUCGAGGUUGAGUCUGUUGUUGUUUUAAAAUGUAAUGUUCCGCUGAAGUAGAUCCCAUGAAUCACUUGCAACAGGUCAAUAUCAGUGUCAUAUAAUAGAAUUAAGGUGACUCGUUUGGAUUUUUCAGGGCCAAUACCUCACAAAUUGGCGCAUACAUUGCUUUGCCAUUAACAAAAAAUCACCAUAGCUUUAUCAGAAAAAGAAGAAAAUUUGUUAUGAGCAUUUUUUGUUGACAUCAAAGUCGUCAUAGCAACGGCAUUUAUUAUUUUACUUAGAGCCGUAUUUCUCGGCGCCCUAAGUUUUUUUUCGACAAUCACUCACAGGGGACUGUUUUUCCAAUACUUGCUUCAAUGCUCGUGAAGUUUGAACAAAAUCUGUAAGAGCGUUUUCGAGAUAUUCUGGGAUAAAGUUUUUGUGGUUAAAAAUACAGUAAUAACUAGACAAUGAUUUAAUAACGGCACCUCAAUGCAUGCUAAUCAAAUCCUUUUUUCUCGCAAUCGGCUAAAGCUACCGCCAUGGUCUUUUACACACGUUUUUAAAUCGAUUGAAAUUACAAUAAGGUAAAAUUGCUUUUGCCUAAAGUGCUUUGUUUUCUAAAGACAACGGCCGAACAUUAGUAUGUCUGACCAUAAAAACUUCACCCCAAGAUAUCUCAAAAACGCUCUCAUAGGUUUUGCUCAAACUUCACAAACAUUGAGGCAAGUAUUGUAGGAACAAGUCUCCCCCUGAGCGAUUGUCAAAAAAAACUAUCCUUAUCCAUGCGGCUAGUUUCCAGAUAUCCCAUAAUUCUUUAACUAAUACCUCAAUAAUAUUGCGACGCUGUAUUAAAUACCGCGACUAAAAUACAAUAGGUAUUCAGCUAAACAUGUGAAGCAAAGGAAUCAAGUGACUGUUGGGAAUGUCUGGAUCAUCCGACCUAACAUUAAAUUUAUGAGUCUUUGAAUAAUAACUCUCAAAAAUUGUCAGAUAUUUAAUCCUUAGGGAAUAAUUUUUCUUCAUAAGGAUAACUGUAGCUGGCAGCAAUAAGUUUUAUAGUUCUUGUAUUUUAGAUUAACUCAUAUUCAUUUUUGUUUGUUCGAUCUAAGAGAAAACGAGUCGCAUGGUUCUAAAAUCGAUCGAGGCAAAAUUUAAGCUGAAAUCCUUAGAAUUUUUUUUUUUGGUUCGAUUAAAAGAUCACAUUCUAAUUAAUAUUUCUAUAUUCUUUACACAGCCUGUGGGCCAGAGUGUCAGCUACUAUGUUUGAAGAUGCACAAUUAUUAUCGAGCACUUCAUGACUCGCCGCCCAUGAAAUGUGACCCGGAGCUGGCCAAAUCGGCGCAAAAAUGGACCGAUCAACAAGCUGCAGAUGGCAAAAUGUAUCACUCGCCAUGGACGGACAAAUUUACUGAGAGUAUUUCGUGGAAGGGCUGGGGGUGGGAGGGAAUGGGUGAAAUGAAGGGAGCAAUACCAGGAGCUGUGAGAAGCUGGUAUUCAGAGAUCAAGAACGACUACAAUUACCAAACGGGCAAGGGAAAUGGCAAAGUAAUAGGACACUUUCAAGCGGUCGUUUGGAAAGGAGAAACAAGGCUGGGAUGUGGACUCAAUAUUAAACCUACAGAUGGAACUUACGUCACAGCUCACUACGCACCAGCAUCUCACGCGAGCAUGGACAAGGAAAAGCAGGCACCAGAUAAUAUCAAGCCAAGAAAACAGCCAGGUUUCUGUUCACUAUGUUACUGUACUUUUAUCUUCGUUUAAAAGCACUCAUUUCAUGAUGCAAAUUUUAUUCUGUGUUUUCAGUGCUUUUGUUUCUUUCAAAACGUGAGUGCUCGCUUGGUAUAGUCAGUGUCUAAAUUCUGUCACGUCACGCCAAUAUAACGGGAUUUGCACUGGCUGCCUUUGAGGCAGCGCAUAGAUUUUAAGAUAAUUUUAAUUACUUUUUAGAUUUUAAAUAAUAUGGGUAAUUCUUAUCUGUCUUCUCUUAUUUGUGUUGUGACACCUUCACGUUACAGUCUUUGCAGUUCUUGUGAGGGAACCUCACGCCACUUUACUCCAAUGAAAAAGCCAAAGAGCAGUGGGAUCGCGCUUUUAUGUCGCUGGCCCAAAGUUGUGGAACAACCUAGACCACAGGUCAUAAGAACGACCACAAGUCUAUCAUGUUUUAAAAUUAGACUGAAAACAUUUUUAUUUUUUUGUAUGUACUUAUAAAUAAUUUUUUUUAAUGGACAAAACUUCUUCAUUUUUAGACUAUUUACAGAUUCAAAAAUAUGAAAUAUUAAAAUAUAUACCCUGUAUGUUGUCUACGAAAGAGAAUUGUUGUAAAAUACUAUAAAGACUACUAAUAAUAAUAAUAAAAAGCAUAAUAAUAAAAAAAAAUAAUUAAAUAAUAAUAAUAAUAGUAAUAAUAACAAAAUAAUAAUAAUACUUUAUUAAACUCUUCUCAAAUUGAAAAUUAAGUACAAAUUUAGUAUAACUAUAGUUUAAAAAAAGACUUCUUGGUGGUCUGGUGGUUUUCAACAGAGCAAAUGUAAACAACUGUCUAUAAACUAAAAAAAAAGAAAAUUUCUAUGUUCAUCGCAAUGAUAAAUAUAAUAAUUAUUAAAUUUUACUAUUUACAGAUUCAAGAAUAUGAAAUAUUAAAAUAUAUACCCUAUGUACAUUCCUCUUGUGUACGAAAGAGAAUUAUCGUAAAAUGACUAUCUAAAGACUACUAAUAAAACAAUUAUAAAAAGCAUCAAAAAGUUAAUAAAAAAAACUAUUUAAAAAUAAUAAUUCAAACUGAUAAAAAGUUACUACUUAAAUUCUGGCUUGCGCACUUUCCGAUGUAAAGUCAAUGUCAGAUAUAUUGGCUGCUUUUCUCUUGCUCCUGGUUCCUCUGAGACACAGCAAGGCUGAUCGUAGGAUGGCAAAAUAGUAAUAAUAAUAAUAAUAAUAAUAAUAAAUUAUUAUAAUUAUUAUUAUUAUUAUCUUUUUUUAGAAUUAUUAUCGUUUUUUAGAACUCAGUUCUGUGGAGCGCUAUUGAGCAUUCAUAGGGAAAUUGCCUUAUAGAAGUCUACGAAGUUUUUUUCACUGAAGCACUGAUAACAUAAUAAGGACAAAAUAAAGGAGGUGUCUUCGUUGAGGAUUUCAUAAAGUUUGGUAUCGUUAACUGAAUUGGAAUUCGUUAAUAAGAGUUGCUCUCUAUAGAGGUGUCCGAGAGAAAAGUUAGUGAUCUUAGCCACUGUACCUUUUGCGUUAAGUUAUUCUAUAUUAAUCAGCCAUUAUUAUUUUAUUAUUUUCAUAGCACCAGGAUGUGCAAUAGCGUCAGACCAACGUGUUGAUUGCUUUGGUGAAAGUGGCACUGAAGACGAAAAAGUUCCAUUCAUCACGCCCGAGCUCUGUCUCCAAAAAGGCUGUUGCUAUGAUGACAUGUAUAUGGCAGAACCUAAUACUUGGUUUUACAAACCUCCCGGACGAACAUGGUGCUUCAAAAAGGAAGGAGGAGGUAAAGUCGAUAUCAGUGAAGGGGAGCAACAGUCACUGUUGGGGACACCAGAAAAAGCACAUUUAGAAAAUGUAUUCAGCUGGGCCCUUUUUAGAAUCGUUUUGCGAUUGAGAAUUGUGUUUUUUUUUCCGUCAAUGUUGCAGCCAAUUUGAAACAAAACAUUUUCAACUUCACUCACGGCGGAAUCGAUCAUAUAACCUGGUUAUUAGACCGGUGCUCUACUGAUGAUCUAUAAGAGACUCUUGGCAGCUAAGGCUGUUUAACUAUUCAUGUUACACACAUCCUGCAUACCGGCAGAUUGGUGGCCUACUUGCUUCGUGUUAAGGGAAUGUUUCAAAGCAUUAGGUUCAUUUGUUCUGCAGCUAGGGCUGCAGAAUAACGCGCUGGCCUUGUUAAAAAAGGUUAUGCUCUGUUUCCUUUACAUGUGCAAUGCCUACUAAAACUGAAUGGGGCCUUGAAAAUAUAGUUGCAUGCAGUCAACAUCAUGUAGCUAGCUCAAAUCUGUCAACUUUAGGUCCAUCCCAGCCACCUGGAGGUCAAGGAAAGCCGCCCGAAGGUCAAGGAAAACCGCCCGGAGGUCAAGGAAAGCCGCCCGGAGGUCAAGGAAAACCGCCCGGAGGUCAAGGAAAGCCACCCGGAGGUCAAGGAAAGCCGCCCGGAGGUCAGGGAAAGCCGCCUGGAGGUCAAACACCGUCAGGUGAGUUUAAUGAAAUGACUAAAAUUGGAAUUUAAGAGCAGAAAAAUGCCAUGCGUCUUAAUACUACUUGCGAGCAAAACAAGGCGACCGUCUGGCAACGAACCAAUAGGCAGAUCUAGCAAAGGCAGCAGAACGAUAAUGACGACCGCAAGCGCAGAUCUACAAAUCCGAAUUGAUAUUAAUGGCACAGCCGCAACUUGAACACCGGAAGUCGCGUUUAGCCCCCACCACUUUCGCGUUCACAUUUGUCUUAUACAUCAAAAUUUGCCUGACAUCAGUGUGGAAUACCUGUUGCUGCAUCAAAGAUUUUUGAGGAGUUUACAGUUAAAACCGCAUGAGGUGGUGUGAUGGCUGGGUGUUAAUAGAUAGAUUUGCCAGAAUAACCAAGCCCAGGAGCCCAGGAGCUCCUGUCAAGCCCAAACAAUUGACCACAUUUCAUGUACUUGUAUCACUCUUUUUAGGUAACGGGGGAAGAUGCUUUGGAAAUUCCUGCUUCGUAUUUUCUGAAAAAGGCAAAACGUGGUCCGAAAACCAAAAAAGCUGCAAAGAAAAGGGAGGUGAUCUGGUUUCCAUGGAAACACCUGAAAAAUGGGAAUACAUCAAUAAACAGAUUCAACAAAUGACACUUCCCGGUGGAGUAAAUGAAUGGCACAUAGGUUUGAAAAAAGAGGGGAACUGGAAAUGGGUCAGUGGAAAACCGCUGACCAUUUCAAAGUGGCAGAACGGAGAGCCAUCUGGAGACGGAGAAGUCGCUGUCAUAUCCAAAGAUUAUCCGCCUGGAAGUCAAGGGCUUUUUAACGAUCUUGAUGGACGUUAUCCAAAAGCUUAUAUCUGCGAAAAUCCCAAAGGUAAGGCUCCAGGUAUGACAAAUGAGAGGUGGACAGAACUAGCAGCAACUAUGAUAAAAUUCCCAUGAAAAAGGCAAAAAAAAUAACUAUGAUAAAAUUCUAUGAUAAAAUGAAAAAAAAAGUGCCUUAUUGAUUCUUUAUCACAAGUUUGGAUAGAUUUUUCGUUGAGGGUUUUCCUCAAUUGCGAGACCCUUCGUCGUCCAUUUAAAUUAUAUCCAUUUUAAAGAUUUUUUACAUUAACUGUAUUUAUGGUCUUAUGACGUACAGCCCCCACAAAGGAGAUAAUUGUUCCUACCCAGAUGAUCGUCAUUUGUCGGUACAAUAUGACGAUUUUCUAUGACGAUUAAACCUACAACAAGAUCGCCUGAAGCUGUGGUCGGUUAUGCUCAUAAGCAUAUUUACUCCACGAAUUCAUCUUGAGUAGUGAUCAUUCAUCUCUCCUGCUCCCUGUUCACUUACACUGUGAUGAAGCUUACUUUACAAAUACAUCAUCAGUCACUCAGAAUCAGAUUUUAAAAGUCAUCCUACUCUACAUCAAUGUCACAAUUGUUUUAAGAUUAGGGUAUAGUUUGUGUAUUAUGUUGCCUUUGGGUGUUGUGUAAAUAUAUUUUAUCACAGGAGGAGGAAGUCAGACUAGUGGCCAGCAACCCACCACUGCCCCAGGAGGACAGCCAAUAAACCCAUCGGGUACCCCAGGGCAGCAGCCAGGAGGUGGGCGUUUUAAUGACACGCUUUAGUCAUAAUCUAGCUAGCCCGUGCCAGGCCUUCAGGUAACAGGGGAUCGGUUAAAAUUAAACUAUCUGGAACAAGCUAAUCAUAUGUUGAGUUAGUUCAGUAAAAACUAAGAUGCAACAAGACUUUUAACUGAGAGUCCAAAAUGUAUUAUAAAAAGGACAGUAAAAGGUAUUUGGUAAAAUGAAUCAAAAUCUUAGCUUUAUUAGCUUUUAUAAUGGCCACAUUGUAGAUGUUUUUUGGCGAAAAAAGUUUGAUUGACGGAAGAGGUCUAUUUGGCGGUAACGUUUUCAAAAAAUAGGGCUAGAUAUUUAUUCAAUAAAUGAUAUUGCCAUUCGAUGCCUCAGACGUCCUUGAACAAAAGGUUCUUAAUUGCAUUUCUGCUCACAGGAACAUGUAGCAUUCAGUACAAAAUAUUUUCACGUUAAUUUUGACCUUUUUCUUGGUCACAGGUGGAGGAAGCCAGCAACCUGCUCCUGCCCAAGGAGGCGCCACAGGACAACCAGGGCAGCAAGGAGGUAGUCAUGUUUUUUUUGGAUAAAGUUGUUGAUCAAAUUUCCGAAAAACUCAAAUAUUUCUUGCACUUUUUGAAGAAAAAGAGGAGACAAACAUUUUUGAAAUUUUUGGCAAUCAAUAAAUUUCAGGUAAACCAGUACUGGCUCAUACAGGUUCAUAAUCUGUUGUACAUGUGACGCUGUCUUCACUUUCCUUCCUUUCAUUUUUUUUUUUUUUUGCCGAUCGAAUAGAAUCUGUACCGUAAUUACUUACUAGGGAGGGUAAGAGGUCACUACGGCAACAGCAACGAAAAUGUCAAAAAAGCAGUAGGUUUAGAUUAGCAAAACAACAACUCAGCACGUGCACCACGCUUUUUGUAUAUUUCUUUGCCGUCAAUGCACGACUACGACGUGAAUUGCCAAAUUUCAGGUUUCAUGGACAACGUGAACAUACUACGACAAAUUUGUUUUUUCUCUCCCUAAACUUGAAUUUCUUUCUUAAGAAUCAAACUGCAGGAAAGUUUGCUUACAUUGGACAAAGUGAGCGAGUUGGGAUAAUCGCACUGAAGUUUCACUCAGUUUAAGCAACGUUUUCGCCGCCAUAGCCGUCGUGGUAUCUUUAUCUCUCUGCUUCUCUACACAACACCGGGAUUUUCCAUAUCCCAUCAUGCUCUUGGGUCUCAGCCCCAGACUUCUACGUCCUACAUACACGCAAGUUGACAUAUAGCAGUUAACCACUUUCCACCAUUCUGAGGAGGGUUAUAUAUUUUCCUGUAAGAAUCAAUUAACGGUAACAAUUUUAGCUUUCAAACUCUUAGCCAUUAAAUACGUUUUAAUAAAAUAUCUGAACACGCGUUUAAUCUGCAGGGAUGACUCCAUUUGAACAGAAUUGCUUAAAAGCUCAUAAUGAUUAUCGCGCUAAACAUGGGGUUCCUCCUCUGAAAUGGAGCAAACCGCUGGCACAAGCUGCCCAGAAAUAUGCUAAUCACCUGAAACAGACAGGUGAGUGACUGAUUUCUUUACAGGACGAAGACCAACGUAAAUACUUUAUUUAUUUAUAAACGGUAAAAUCUUCAGUAUUACAUUAAAAACAAAAGAUAAAGUAGUAACUGUUAUAUAGAUUAUACGGAGUACUGUGGAUGCUAAAUAAAUCUUGCAAGUACAAGGGGAAAAGCCCUUUAAGUGUGUAUGUUUUAAACAUUAACAUGGCCUUUAGUUUCUUUCGACGAGUCAAAAGAUCGUCCCAGUGGAGCCUAUUUAGGAGGAUGCUUGCACUCGUAACGAAUGACUCGAACAACCCUAUUUUGGAGUUUUUGCAGCUUAUUACUCAAGGUAACGCUGAGUCCAUCCCAGACGGAGCUACAGUAGCUAAAUGGCGCCUGAGGCUAAAGACAUCUUCUCAGUAUACUCUUGCCGUUCAUAUUCUUUCAUCAUGAAAAGUGCUCGCCGAUUAGAAAACCCAGAGAUUUGCAUGCAGUUUGCCAUAAACAUGACUCUAAAUCUCUUUAAUGCUGGGUGGUCGCUAACGGAAGGUUCUCUUAGUGCAGUCUUUAUGGGGAGGAGGGUUGCGUGACGCCAUGUAGCAAGACUACCGUGGUACAUCACUAUAAUUUAAAUUGUAUUAUUAUCCUGCAAAAGAAGAUAAUCAGAAUAAUAGCUAAAGUUUCGUGAGAUUUUCAAACACUUAUGUUCUUUUCAAAGAACAGGAGAUUUUAAAAUUCUCUGACAUAUAUUAACACCAAUUAGGUAAAUUUAUCUAUCUUUUUAAAAGGUGUCCUUUCUAAUUAUUUUCGGGGUAAGUUUACUCUUGCAAGCCAAAUUCAAGAAAUUCAAAUCUUUGUUACAUUAUUAUUUCCUUGUCAAGCUAAUUUUCGGAAAUAGACCUUGUCACGGUUUUCGACGCUAUCUUGAUGAGUAGGCAUGUCGAAUAAUUUCCGUAGAACGGCUGUUCUGAAAAAAAUAUGAUUUGUAAACUAAAGCUUCAGUCCUAAGGAUUCUCCUGAAACAAUUUGAGGGCGUUACCUGCACUAGAAGACCUAGAACCACUUUUUAAAAUUUUCUAUACAUUUUUCUGUAAGAAAGUCCCGGGAAAAUUACAGACAAAUAUAUGGAAAAUCUAAAGCAAGCCUCUGGAGAAAUUAAAGCACAAGUACCGCUCCAAAUUUUUUUACGACAAUCCUUUGCUUUGUAGCUUUAGUUUACAAUUGAUAUUUUUUUCAGAACAGCCGUUUUACGGAAAUUAUUCGACAUUAUAUCCUCACUCAAACACUGUAAUUUCCCACACGUUUGCCUACUCGUCAAGAUGGCGUCGAAAACCGUGACAAGGUCUAUUCUCAAUUCGGUUUCAGGUCCUAAGUUUUUCAACUCGCUAAGCCGUUGGAAAAGACGUAAAAAGUUCGUUCUCUCUUACUCACAUUAUACUCUUUGUUGAGCUACAUACUUUUCCUUCCUUUAAUUUUAUGGUAAUCCAUUUUUCAUUAAUUAAGUAUCCUUAAUUCUCAAGGUGUACUCUAUAUUCGCAGGGAGCCUAUAGCUCAUAAGUCCCGGCCUUCUAUAUAGGCUUCCUUGCCAUUACCAUUUCGAAGAUUUGGAAAACAGAAUACUUUUUGUUUUGUAAAUUAUACAGGUACAGUAUAAUGGUUAAUGGCAAAACGAAUGAAUGAAGGAAUGAGUGAAUAGGGUAUAAGAUACAAAUUUACCAAGUUUAUGAGGUAAAACAAAUGCUUUUUAAAAUCGCUUUUUCAUUUUUAUUACCAGCCUGAUACAGUAGAAUAGAAUAGAAACCUUAUUUCACACAGAAUUCAAACAUUUGAGCAAUGAUUUACAUUAAAGCAGUGUAAUCUAAAUUAAAAACUUGAAUAUACUAAAACAAUACAGUAUAUAAAAUAUUAAAUAACAAUGUCUAAAACUACAUUAUACUUCUAAAAUAUAAGUGACAUGUCAUGUAAUCUCAUAAGGAAAUGAUUUACUCCAAAAAUUCUUUACGAAAUUAAUAAUAGAAUGAGAACGUUUGAUGGUUUGAGAACGUUUGAACUGAAUAAGAAAAUGAUCUCAAACCAGAUCGAGAUGAAAUGCUUGGCCUGAUAUGAAUGUCGUUGGGUCUCAGAGUAUUAGGGUUAUGAAUUUGUUAAAAAGAUAAAAAUAGGAUCAUUGGGAUAAGAAGAGCAAUAGCCAUUUGGACACUUAAAAACAGUCAAACAUUUGUGAAAAUGCCAAUAAACGGUCAAAGGAAGCCAUCCGAGAUCUUGAAAUAAAUUCACUGUGUGUUCUUACCUAAUCUUCUUCAAACGUAUAAAGCGGACAACGCGCUUUUGCAGUCAGACUUGAUUUGUCAGCGUUUGACCAGAUAAUGUUACAAUCAUACAGAGGCUGAAUAAGCGCAUUAUGCAAGGUUUUACAGGUUUCUCUAAAAAGUUCACUUUAAUUCUUUCUGUCAGCAAGUUGAUGAUCGGAUGCACAAUACAACGAGAAUUAUCCUAGAAAAUGCUUUUGAACAAAAGAAAAAGAAACCCGGGUUAGAUUUAACCCUAGGUUAAGCGCUAAUCGGCCUUCGAACAACUGGGCCUUGAUCUUUCCAAGAAGACCAAGUCCCUUUUGAAGCAAGACAGUCUAUGUGGCUGUGCGACCAAUCCAUUAAUAAGGGCCGGAUCAAAAGUUAAUCCAAGAUACUUCAUAGUAUCUGUGACUUCAAGUGAUUGACCAGACAGCAAUAACUAAGACUUAUGGAGGGUAACAAGCUUCAAUUCUGCCUCGAACAGAAAAAAUAUAACUUUAGACCUAGUACAGUUUAUAAUUAAUUCAUGAUUAGCAGAGAACCAAUUAUCGAGCUUACAAAGAUCUUCUUGACGAGCAGAAUGAAGAGAAUGACUAUCCAUUACCAACAUAAAAAGGAGCAGUGUCAUCAGCGUAAAGAACCAAUUUACAUCGAUGGACACUAAGGGAAAGAUCAUUAACAAAUAAAAUAAAUAGAAGCAGUCCUAGAACAAAACCCUCGAGGAACGCCCAGAGAAAGAUCUAAACGGUCAGAUAAAGUACUAUUAACCAAACAACCUGUGAUCUAUUCUGUAAAUAGUUAGCAAGCAGUCCAAAGCGGGCCAUCUGAUACCAACCUUUGCAAGCUUUGUUUUAAGUUUAGGGUGGUUAAUCAAAUCGAAAGCUUUGCUGAGGUCUAAAACUACAGCACCAGUUACAUUGCCUUUGUUAAUAUUCCUCAAUAUAUAGUCACUAACAUCCAUAAGAGCAGGGGAAUGACCUGCUCUGAAUUCAGAUUGUUAUGGUGAGAGUAAGUUGUCAAUAGUAAGAUGACUCGGGCUUCCCUUUCAAAAAUCUUCAUUACCACAGGAAGCACAGAAAUGUAUCUAAAAUUGUUAGGAUCAGACAGGGAUCCCGAUUUAUUUAGAGGAGUCGCUGUAACACAUUUUCACUAAUUAGGAAUUUCACAGCACUGCAAAGAGCGGUGUUGAAGACAUAACUCAAAGAGGAUUCAAGAACAUCUGCACCAACUCUAAGGAAAAGAGUGUGGAUAUCUUCAAGUCCAGAGGACUUACUUAAACGCAAUGAAGACAACUCUUACGUACAAAUUUUGUAGAUAUAUCGUUAAAAAUAAAAUCAGGAGCGUCCGAGACAUCAUCUGGUAUAUCAGAAACGUCCACCUGCAGAAACGUCGUAACUCUUGUCUCAAACGUGUUCCAACAGAAGAAAAAACGCGUUGAAACCAUUAGAUAUUCCAAUGUUGUCAGUUAUGUGGGAGCAGUCGAUAUCCAAAUUAUGCAGAGUAACAUUCUUCUUAUUUGGUAGAAGCCUCCUAAAUAUAAAACAAAAUUUUGAAGAUUAUAAUAAUCUGAUCUUCGCCAAUUCAAUUAAGCGAGUCAGAUUUUGUUCCUGUGGCUCCUAUAAUAGUUCCAACUGUCCAGAUCUUUAGAUUUAACAGCUUUUCGUUUGAUCAAUUUUUCUCGAAUACAUUAGCUCUAAAGCUACUCUGUAAAUUUCGAGCAUAAAUUAAGUAUAUGUAUGUAUGUAUGCAUGUAUGUAUGUAUCAAAGCUUAUCAAAACUUGAGAUUUCAUUCGUUGUCUGAUUUCAUCAGACAUCCAAGAUGGUUGAUUUAGAAGCCGAGUGUUAGGAAAGCUGAAUUAACAAGUACCUAUUUGCUUCGACGUUACUUAAAUCCGGGUUUAAAAAGACUGAGAAGAUUUACAACAUUAGUUACGUUGUUUUGAAGGUUCUCUGGUGUUCCUAUUUUUAGAUGAUACGUCCAUACCACAUGACAAUAACCGCGGUGAAGUUGGCGAAAAUCUCGCGUGGUUUUCCAUGUCAAUACCAACGAAACCUUGCCAAGGUCCAAAAACAUCCAGUUGUACGCAGUGCCAAGAAAUGGUCAAGGACUGGUAUGACGAGAUAGCCAACUAUGAUUUCAAUACUGGAAAAAGUAAAGGAGGAGUGAUACUUCAUUUUACUCAAGUGGUUUGGAAAGAGAGCACAGAGCUUGGAAUGGCAGUUGCCAUGAGCGAGAAAAAUUUCUUUACGGUUGCGCGUUAUAAACCGAGGGGAAAUUUCGGAUAUGCUAAGGAUUUUAUAAGGAAUGUGCCUCCACUUAUAAGUAAGUUUUCAUAUCGUAUAAUAAGUGAAUCGUAGUGGACCGUUCGUUUUAGCCGAUUUAGGCAGACUUAGAAAGGAACUGCCAUUAUAUACUAAUGCUUUUCUCGAGACAUUUAUGUAUAAACCUUUACUUACUUAUUACACUGUAAGGCCCGCUUCAAAGAAACGGCGUCGCAUUUCAUAUGUGCCAAAUUGAUCUAGAUAUUGAGGAAAAUCUAUAUUGUUCUCGCAUAUUUGAAUUAGAUCCACCCAUGUGAAAUGCGAAGUUUGCCCAGGCCUAAUAUUUCCAACGCCUUAAGGUACAAUAAUCAGUUACUGAUAACGUCAUUGGUUUUCCGUUCGUUCAAUGUAACGAACGUUUUUAGAUUCACUAUCAGUUCAACAGCAUGCAAGAAGCUUCAAUAAAACCUAGAUUUUUCAAGGAUAAGUUGAUUGUCAGUUCAACAACGUACAAGAAUCUUCAAUAUCGAGGCCAGCAAACGCCAUGUUUUGCCUUCUAUUACUUGGCUUCAAUUUGCCAUUCUUUGUUUUACAAAGCCGUUGAACAACUUUUUCUCGCAGAAAAAAAACGACGCUUGGCCAGGCAGACGAUUUCCCGCCCAAAAAGGCGUAUGUACUUGAAAGGAUAUUCUAGUAAACUGGUUUACAAGUAACGGGCGUACGGUUGACAAUGUCCACCGCAUUUAUCACUUUGAUCGGUUACAAGAUUUUCAUACUAAGGAAAACAAAACUCUGGUGAUAAAUAAUGACGCGAGAUUAGCUGAGAUUUUAUAUCCUGCCGCUUUUGGGCACUCACUACAAAAAAUUGUGAUGUGCUCCUCUUCUGAUACGUUGUGAUACUUAACUCUCACAGCCGCUUAUUAAGCAAGAAAGCUGAGGGAUCAACUCAAGUAUUAAAAUUAUGUUUGACGUCAAAAUGUAGCGUUCUUGAAACGUUUUUCGUCGCAAUUUAACAUACAGUUUCAACAGUAAGAACUAGGCGAAAUUAUAACUAAAAACAUGGCAAGAACAGCAAGAACACAACUCGAACGGCGACAUCUGCUAUUUGGAGGAUAUUUGCAGAGCUGAACAACCCUAAACGUGCACUCUCGAAGGUGAAUUUAACAGCGAUGGAGGUAAGCAUGUUUUAGCUUUGUUUUUAAACUAGGAAUUAUUUUGAAUGAAUAAUAAAGCAAUUAUUGAAUUCGGCUUUCGUAUCAUAUGAAGAAUUAUUGAGAUCUCGGAGGGUGUUAUCCGUCGAGGCCGUACACCCUCCUCGAUCUCCAUAAUUCUUCAUAAGAUGCUCAGCCUCAUUCAUUAAUUGUUAAAUAAUAAGGCAACUUUAGUAAAUACAGUUCGUACGCCUUGUCGUAGUAAGAGAUUACUUAAUUAUUAUUGGUGUUGGAUACAUAGGUGCAAGAAGAAGAAGUCAGGCUUAUGGCCAGCAAUCGAUGUAUGCUUCAGGAAAAACAGAGGAAAAAACAGGAAAAGCGGGGCAGCUAGAUGAUGGACAUUUCAACAUUUCCAUAUUUAGCCUUUGAAUAUUUCAAAUCACGUGUAUUUCGAAUUCUCGGAAACCAGGACGUUUCUUCUUAAAGCAUCAUAAAGUAGUUGCUAC